GCAUGAGAGUAGGAGGAAGUGAGUAGAGAACAAGAGUUAGAAUUGAGAACAUAUUUACUGUGCCAUUCUUGAAAGGCACAGACAUCAAACUAGAUUCCAAGCUAAGACGGAUAUUGUUAAUGGAUCCUUACGUUUGGAAGGACACUGUGCAGGCAAGGACAUAUCCCACAUGGACACAAGUGAGUAAUGUGUGAGGAGUACCUGAAACCACAUGGACAUCUCCCUGCCCUUUAUAACAAAGAUAUUUGGUUCACAUUGUGCCACUGGAUAUGGAAAUAUCUUUUUAUCAUGGUGAUGUAUUAAAUGUGUGCCCAGUUUCCUUUCCUCAUUGCUUUCCUGCAAGCAAGAUGAAAAAGGAUAUGAAUCUCAAUAUAAUUGAUGAAGUGUCUUCAGAAGUAAAGCCUCACUAUCUUGAGGGACAUGGACUAGUAGCCUCCACCAGCAUGGGCCUUAUGAACCUGGCCUCACUUGAUCUUGAGAGAUUUAUUAUGCAGCCUAAUGGCAUGGCUACUGCAAGUCCCACCGGUAGCCAUUGCUUGUACCCCAAGAUGCUCAAUGUGGAACAGGAAUUCACUGAUGGAUUUGUGCUGUCACUUGAGGACCUGCAUAAACAAAACCAAAGACAAAAUAUAAUGAACAGAAGCUGUGUGUCUACUGGUGUUCUUCCAGGUGAGGCCUCAGUUUAUGUCUCUCUUAACAGUUAUGUUAAUGAAGCUGUUGGCACUACAAUAAACUACAAUAGUGAUCACGAUUCUUACCUUCCUCUGCCAACCAACAUGGAGCAACCGUAUGCUUAUCCUACACAUAGACUGCAAGUAGUGAAAGAUGAACCUCAAAUAGUUCCGGAGUUGACUAGUUUUGGAGACAGUCCUCCAUUAUCACCUAUAAACUUGGACAACCAGGAGAGAAUCAAAGCGGAAAGAAAGAAAUUGAGAAACAGAAUAGCAGCUUCUAAAUGCAGAAAAAGAAAACUUGAAAGGAUUUCAAGAUUAGAAGAUAAAGUUAAGAAUCUUAAAAUAAAGAACACAGACUUAGCUUCCACUGCUAGUGUACUAAGAAAGCAGGUGGCACAACUUAAGGAGAAGGUAAUGAACCAUGUGAACAGUGGCUGCCAGCUUUUGCCAUACCAUGUCCAAGCAUACUAAAGUCUACAGGGUGAAGCUGAAAUUAUUUUCAUCUUGGCUGUAUUAAAGGACUGAGUGGGUAAAACAGAAGAAAUUCUAACCAUUGCUCACAUUUUAGUAGAGAGGUUAUAGCACAUGUGGUAUUCUAAUGCAAGAGCAAUCAGUGUCAAGCUACUUUUCUAACAACCGUAAAUGAAGUUGAAGCAACUAAACCUAGAGGUAAUGUCAUAUUUUCUAAAUGACACUAAGAAGGUUAGGGCUCAUCAGGGGCGGACUGGGAACUUAAAG